CAGAGUGCCAGUAGUUCCUGUGAUUUUAUUUGAGGUGUUUUAUGGCUGUUGUCUACUGUUAUUUUGUGGUUAUAUUGCCGUCAGCUGUUUUAACUAAUAAUUAAUACCGCCGAAAAUGGCAUCCAGCAGCGAGGUGCUGGAGGGCACAAUAAAAUCGAAAAGACCUUCUGACAGUGCAUUCAAGCAGCAGCGGUUACCAGCAUGGCAGCCAAUCUUGACAGCUGGCACUGUUUUACCUACAUUUUUUGUGAUUGGCAUUGCAUUCAUUCCUGUUGGCAUAGGUCUGCUAUAUUUUUCUGAUGAGGUAAAGGAGGUGACAGUUGACUACACAGACUGUAAGAAUCAGAAUGAUGUACGGUGUAGUGAAGUGAUCAGCCAGAACAAAGACGCAGUUUGCAAUUGUACAAUACCAUUUGAGCUGCAACAAGACUUCACGGGUAAAGUAUACAUGUACUAUGGACUGACAAACUUCUACCAGAACCAUCGACGAUACGUCAAAUCACGUGAUGAUAACCAGUUGCUUGGACGCCUUGAUAGUGAACCAUCUUCAGAUUGUGCACCAUUUGAUGUAAAUGAUAAGAGGGAACCUAUUGCACCAUGUGGAGCGAUAGCCAACUCUUUAUUCAGUGAUGAACUAAGCAUUGAAUUCAUUGAGAGUAAAAAUCAUAAAGUGUCAGUGCCAUUGCUUAAAACAGGUAUUGCAUGGCCAUCUGACAAAGAGAUAAAAUUCCGAAACCCUCCUGGAAACAGUUUGUCUCAAGCUUUCAAAGGAUAUGCAAAGCCAGAUUCUUGGAAGAAGAAUAUCUGGGAACUUGAUCCUAACAACACAGCUAACAAUGGCUUUCAGAAUGAGGAUCUGAUUGUUUGGAUGCGAACAGCAGCUCUGCCAACUUUUCGGAAGCUCUAUCGUCGCAUUGACCAUAGUAUAGCUGGUUUCACAGAAGGCCUUCCUAAGGGAAACUACACACUUUUUGUGGACUACUCUUAUAUGGUGACCAAAUUUGAAGGCACAAAGAGGAUGAUUUUAUCCACAACGUCAUUGUUGGGUGGAAAGAACCCUUUCCUGGGCAUUGCAUACAUUGUCGUAGGCUGUGUCUGCCUCCUGCUUGGUAUAAUUUUCCUAUUUAUACACGUGAAAUGUGGGAAAAGAUAUAUCACACAACAGAGACACAGCUGCAGUGAACAUGCCCUGACUUAAUAUGUAACUAUGUCCAUCGAUCACAACAACUUUAUUCUAUCAGUAAGUAACUGAUACAAUCAAAGUGUCGAUAGAUCACGUUUUAGGUUUAUAUGACCAGACUAUUAGCAGUGUAUCCAUUGCAUCGUGCAGGUUAGUAAUGAACGUGGAUACAUUUUGUUGUUUAUAAACACCUGAUAAUGGUCAUAAAGGGCCGAAACAUGUUGUGUGAAAUAUUUUAAUAAACUAAACUGAUUUAUCAAUAAAUUGAUUCUAUCAGUUAUUUAUUGAAAGCAUAAAGUUGCUGUGAUCGACAGACAUAUUUACAUAUUAGUGACACACAACAAGAAGCCAAACGUGCAGAUGAAGAUGUCCUGACUUGUUACUGUUACUGCAUGUCCAAGCAUAUUAUUACUUAUUCUGUAGCUUUAGUUACUUGUGGUCAGAGUUUAAUGUUAAAGAACUCUUGUCAUGUGUUGACUUAAUGUUUGAUAGUACAGUAAAACGUGUGCAUUUACUUGUGUGAAAUCAGAAAUUCAGUGAUCCAAACAUAUGCAGAAAGAAUUUGGGGAUGCAAUAGCAUGAUGGUUUUGAAUGGUUUGAUCAUAUGAAGAGGGCUGGAUGUCCAUCAUAAGUGACUGGCAACAUGCAGGUCCUUCAAAAAGUAAAAUUUAUAAGUCACUAGCUCAUGUGCAUGAUUUAAUGUGAAAAAAGAGAAGACUGAAUAUUUAUGAAAUUCCCAGAGAGAAAUAAAUCUCUUGUGGUUUUCUCAGGCCAUUGUAAUUGAAAGCUUGGGAAUGGGAAGUGCCUCUGCCAAGUACCUCCCUCUGUCCUUGACACUGGAAAUUGAGAUUUGCUUUACAAUACAGAAACUUUGUAAAUAAUAUAACAGGUGUUGGAGAAUGCUUAUUGUCAGUCAUUUUUUGUUCCUGUACCGACCCAUCUGCCGCCUAAAAAUGUAAAUAUUAAGAUAUUCAAAUCUAUAAUUUUUACCUCUUGUUUCAUAUGCCUGUGAAACUUGAUCUGUAACAUUGAGGGAUUUGAGAAUAGGAUGUUUAGGAGAAUAUUUUGAACUAAGAGAGAGGAAGUACAUGCACUGUCUUAGCUCGCUCGGAUGCCGGGAUUGUGG